AUGAGGGAUUGUCUCCUGUGGAACUUCGCCAAAGUGAUUCUGUUCUGGACAUUAGUUGAUGCUCAGGCAGGUGAAGAUGGUGAGAUUACAGCUGAAGAACAGGUGCAGAUGCUGCUGGAUGCAAAGCUGCAGUGUCUACAGAAGGUCUCCACAGACGACCCUGCAGUUGGUGUGUGUGUCCCAGAGUGGGAUGGUCUGAUAUGUUGGCCACAAGGCUUCCCUGGAACUCUGACCAAGACCCCCUGUCCCAGAUACAUCUAUGACUUCAACCAUGCAGAACACGCUUACAGGAGGUGUGACUCUAAUGGUUCCUGGGUGCUUGCAGAGAGCUCAAACAAGACCUGGGUCAACUACACUGAAUGCAUCAAAUCCCCAGAACCCAACAAAAAGAGACAGGUCUUUUUUGAACGACUGCACAUCAUGUACACAGUAGGCUAUGCAUUUUCCUUCAGCUCUCUUCUAGUGGCCAUCUUUAUUAUUGGAUACUUCAGGCGUCUCCACUGCACCAGGAACUACAUUCACAUGCACCUGUUUGUUUCCUUCAUGCUGCGUGCUGUCAGCAUCUUUGUGAAGGAUCACGUGGUACACACUAGUGCCAGGCUGCAGGAAUUUGAUGCUGUGCUUAUGAAUAACUUCACUAAUGCUGUGGAUGUGGCACCAGUGGACACUUCACAGUAUAUGGGUUGUAAAGUGACCGUCUUGCUGUUCAUCUAUUUCCUGGCUACAAACUACUACUGGAUCCUGGUAGAAGGCUUGUACCUGCACAGUCUCAUCUUCAUGGCCUUCUUGUCUGAUUCAAAGUACCUGUGGGGCUUCACUUUGAUCGGGUGGGGUGAGUAUGUCAUCGUAGUGAUUUUCUUGGAAAAGGCAAUUUAUAAAUAUUCCCGCUUCUGUUGG